CUCGUCCGUGUCUCGCGAACGGCAGGAGUUUAAAGCCUCCGGUGUCAUUACGAAAGUCAGUUCAUUAGUCAGGUCGACUGUCCACUGAGGAGGACUUGCUCUCAGUUUUCAAUUCAGGUGGACCUUUUUACAUCUCCACUAACAGGAUGUCUCCGUCCACGUCCCCCCGCUUCUUCACGGAGAGGGAGGUAGCCCGCCACUGCACCAAGGAGUCCUGCUGGGUGCUGAUGGGGACCAGGGUUUACGAUGUGACAGCCUUCUUGCGGAUGCACCCGGGUGGGGAGGCACUAAUACGCAGCCGCUCCGGCAAGGACGUGCGCCAGGCGAUGGAGGGACCCCCACACCGGCACUCGGAAAACGCCCGGCGGUGGAUGGAGCAGUACUACAUCGGGGAACUGAACAGAGACAGCGGCACCGGCGAGGCACAGACUCUGAGAGCGAGAAAUAAAGCCAAUAAACAGACCGAAGGAGAAAGGGCACAGCAGACGACAGAGGUGAAAGACGAGGAUGAGCGCGACCCAUACAGCCUCUGCAGCUCUGUGGACCUCGAUAAGGAUUUGGUGGACUGGCGGAAGCCCCUGGCAUGGCAGGUGGGCCACCUCAGAGAGAAAUAUGAUGCGUGGGUACACCAACCAGUUGACAGACCUAUCAGACUGUUUGGAAACCCCAUCAUGGAGGCCAUCACUAAAACUUCUUGGUAUUGGGUACCUAUUGUGUGGCUCCCUAUUGUGUUUUAUCUGAGCUGGCACUGCUAUACCACCCUGGCACAGGGCACCACCAGGCUAGCCCUCACUUCAGGCUUCUCUAUCCCCAUCCACAAGUACUUUUUCCCAGUCCUCUUUAUGAUGGGCUGGUUCUUGUGGUCAUUCAUCGAGUACUGCAUCCAUCGCUUCGUCUUUCACAUGAAUCCACCAGCUCAUAACUACUACCUCAUCACGCUACACUUCCUCCUGCAUGGACAGCACCAUAAGUCUCCGUUUGACGGCUCUCGGCUGGUCUUCCCUCCCGGCCUCGCCUCCUUAGUAGUGGCGGUCUUCUACAUGUCCAUCCAUUGCGUGCUCCCAGACAUCCUCGGAGUAUGCGUGUUUGUCGGUGGGCUGGGCGGCUACGUCGUAUACGAUAUGAUCCACUACUACCUUCACUAUGGCUCUCCGAAGAAAGGCUCAUAUCUGUACAGCCUGAAGGCCUACCAUGUCAAACACCACUUCGAGCACCAGAGAUCAGGUUUCGGGAUCACCACCACAUUCUGGGACCACCCCUUCAACACAACCAUCCCUGAUGAAAAAUUCUGACAUGGAAACGGCUCCCCCGAAGGGCCACAGGACUUGUCAACCACCCUCUUUUAGCCCCCAGCCUGCCUUCUCCAACCAUCCCAACUCCUUAUUUACAUCUCUGCAGCCAUAUAGCUUCCACAGACUAGGAGGAACUUCAGGGCCACUGCAUCCAGUCCAUUAAUACUCUGUGUAACACAUUAACCAGCACCACAAUAUUACCUUAAGCUCAGUCACCUGGGUGUGUGUCAACCUGCCUGCACUAUUUACUCACUGUGAUCAUUUCCACUAAGAUGUGAGGGCUUUCAGUGCCAUUUUUUUCCUUCUACUACUACUACUUCUGUUUUCAUUUAAGAAAUCUGCCCCCUGUGCUUUACCAACACCAACCUAUCACCUGAUCACCACUCAGAAUGUCGCCGCAUACAGCUGGGAGGUGGCCGUGGAGAGAAAAAUCUCUUUUGUGAUGCAUGUGGUCAAUUUGAAUUAGAUUUAAUCUUUUAGUCUAAAAUCAUACAGGGGGACAACUGUGAUUAAAAUUACUAAUCUGACAGCACAAUGCUCACACAGCUCACAAACGCACACUGUUCAAGAGGUAACAGGAAGUGAUAGAUGGUAGGUGAAUGUUGAAGACGGGUGGAGCGGAGGGGGUGAGAGAUGAUUAGAAAGAGUGCAUGUGAGAGAGAAAGUGUGACAGAGAUUGAGAGAGAGAGAGUACGCUAACUGUUUAAUUACUGAGGAAAAAGGCUUCUUCCCGCCUUCGCAUCAUCUACAGCUUACAUAUUCCUCGUCACUGUCACUUUUCUCUGCUACGCUGCUAUAAACUGUUGCGCUGCUAACAAAUCACAAAAGUUCCCUCCACCACAUUUGGGUUCGCUUGAUUUAAGAAGCAGCCGUGCCUGGAAAACCUUCAGUUUCACAUUUGUUUUUGCUGAGAUACGUUUAACUUAUCACCAAAUCUGCAGGAGUGAGUUUAUACUGUAGGAGGCUAAUUCCAUGUACUGUUAAUGUGAUGUAAAAGCAGAGUUCAGAAUGUCUGAAACCCCUGUGGAGAUAUAUUUUUGCAAGUCUGUAAUAUUUCCAUCUUUUUAUUUUUUUCCUCAUUAAUAAUUCAACAAAGAUGUAAAAAUAAUAUUUUGUAUGAAGCUUUGUACAGUAGAGGAGAUUCUUUGAUCGCACAGUCUUCAUUUUGUCAGGUUGACUAUAUGUUAGAGAGUGAGUGUGGUUGUCAGGGUGACUGGGACAAAUCUGAAGGCAUGAAGCCAGGCUGUCUGAUUUCCUGCUGUGGGGAUCUUGGGGUCAAAGGUCACAGAUUUUUGGAAGUGUUAUUUUCUAAAAGUAAUCUUGACAUAGAGAUUACUUCCUUUUAAAGGGGACCUAUAAUGCAACUUCUAACACCAUGUUUCAAGUGUAGCUUGGCAUGACUCACACUUCAAACUAAUGCUUAUUUACAUCAUACUAACAAACCAUCUUAGCUCUCUUAUCCCCUCCUCUUAAAGCCAACUUUCUUCUGAUUGGAUGCCUCUCAGAGCUGUGUUCCUUAGUUGAAUAUAUAUAAGGGAUAUCUGCUCUCUAUGACAUCAUACAGAGCCAGGAGUAAAGGAAAGCUAUCUGAAACUUGAAUGUUUAGGGUAGUUUGAAGCCUGAGCUAAAGUCGGUGGUUUAUUUUGGCCCUGCAGACCCUCCCUAGGAUGACGAUAAAUCAACAAAUCUGACUUUACAGCAGGAAGUCUUGACACUGACUGGUGGAUCCGCAAAAUGUCUCCUGAAAAAUGCCCGACAACGCCGAUAAGUCAAGUAGAACAAACUUAAUUCGCACCCUUUACAUGAAUAACUGAAGAACAGUAAGAACAUACUGCUGCUGCAGGAAAUUUAUUUUUUAUCUACUUUUCUAGCUUGAAUAAAUACUUCCACUUAUAGAAGUGUACAUACAGCUGUAUGUAAUCUAAUCCAUCUGAGUUUUAACCAUUCAAGAAGAUUUGUAAUGCAGAACCUUAACACCAUUUAUACUCCUCUUUUUUUAAAAAAAUAAAUAAAUAAUUGUUUCAUUUAUUUUUAUACAAAUUCUCUGCAGCAAUAACAGUGAAGUGUAAACCUAAAAAGGGCUGAGGGACCCCAAAAUGUUUCCACUAUGACGAGAUGAGUGGAUUUAUUAACUGAUUUAGCACCAAAAUGUGUCAUUGUCUACAAAUAUCUGUUGAUCUUUAGCUGUGAUUAUGAUGAUUAUGAAUGUUCAAGACUUUGUGCAGAAAGCAUUAACUCAUCAAAAAGAACCUAAAGAAUGUUUUUAAUGUCUGUUAUGCUGAUGGUUCUAAUAAUAAUGAUAAGACAUGAUUGUGCCGGCUGCUAGGCAAAGUGAAAUGAUUCCACUUGUUGGAGUUAAAUUUAAAAAAAAAAAAUGCAUAUCUUAUUUAUGUAUAUUUAUAUGGUAAGAAUGAAAAACAGCAAAUAUGAUUCUAACUUGUGAACUUUUUCUCUUGUGCUAAAUUUUGCAGCAAAAAAAAAAUCCUAAAUUUGUUUACGUUCAUGUCUUAACUUUUUGUUUUGGAAUUUUUAAAUCCAUGCAAAUGCAAAGGUAUUUGUAAAUAAAUAUCUGUAUAUUUCUGA